AUGGCGAGUCCGACGACGGAGCAACGCCUGCAGGACCAACAACACCCGCCUGGGACGCUGCUCUUGGAAGACUUACAGCAUGGCAGCGGCAAAGUACUUCUUCAUCCUAUUCCAACCAGAGACCCAAAUGAUCCUCUCAAUUGGUCCACGGCGCGCAAAGCCUUCAGCAUCGGCCUCGUGCUGCUCUACGUCACGCUGACGUUUGUUCAGCUCGAUAUUGGCGUCAUUGCGUUUGGCCAGUACCAGAGCGAGCUGGGCUUUGACAUCAACACGCUGAACAGUGGGCAGGCCAUGGGCUACGCCGGCUUGGGCUUGAGCAGCAUCCUCUUCGUUCCUCUUAUGAACAAGUAUGGUCGGCGGCCCAUUUACAUCAUCAGUCUAGUACUGCAAGUCACUGCCUGCGUGUGGCUUGCUAUGACCAAGACCAAAGCUGACAUGCUCCUGAGCAAUCUGAUGGCUGGAUUCGGUGGUGGCAUCUGCGAGACGAUUGUGCAGAUGACCAUUGCCGACAUCUUCUUCGUGCACCAGCACGCUGCGAUGAACGCGUACUAUCUGUUUUCCACCACCAUCGGGUCGACUCUCGGCCCGGUCGCCGCCGGCUACGUGAUUGAGAGCCAGGGCUGGCGCUGGAUAUGGUGGUGGUGCGUCAUCCUCAUCGGCGCCAAUCUUGUGCUUGUCAUCUUUCUAUUUGAGGAGUCAAAAUACACCCCCAUGCUCAACGGCGAGACUCUAGCUAACCAACUACCUCUCGGCAACGACCACGAAGAAGAUAUUUCACCAGACGGAAAGAAAAAGAGCCUCGACGCUGACGACGCACUGCAGCGUAGCAUCACCAACAACCACUCUCGCAUUGAUGAGAAUAUUCCGAUGAAGACUUAUUGGGAGCGUAUGGCUCUAGUGUCGCCUACGAACGAGCAUGUCUUCCGGAACCUAGUUGACUCUUUCGUCAUCCUUGUCACUUUCCCUGCCGUGGCCUUUACAGCCAUUACCUUUGGAAGCCUUCUGGCUCUUUUCGCCCUGGUCAUGUCUGUUCAAGCGACGUAUUUGUUUCUACCGCCAUACAAUUUCACAGCCAUAGGCGUCGGCCUUAUCAAUCUUUCCGGUUUCAUCUCAGCUAUUCCCGCAGCCUUUGUUGGCGGCUGGUUGGACGAUCGGCUCAUUUUGUCCUUGUCAAAGAGAAAUGGCGGACUAUACGAGCCCGAGAUGAGACUGUGGCUGUCGCUGCCUUGCAUAAUUCUCACACCUGCAAGCGUCCUCAUGGUCGGCUUGGGAUUUUCCUACGGCGUCGCUUGGCCUCUUGUUGCUGUGGGUUCUGGCUCGUUCAGCUUCUGCCUCGCGGUCUCGGGAAGCAUCGCACUUUCUUACACCAUGGACUGCUACCACUCUAUUGUUGGAUCAUCUAUGAUUGGAAUUAUUUUUAUGCGCAAUGUUUUUGCCGUCGUAAUUCUAUUUGCACUAACUCCGUGGAUUACGGCAAUGGGGCUCAUCAAUGUCCACGUCAUUGUGGCAGCUGUCAUAUUUGUUAUUCAGUUACUUGCAGUGCCGUUCCUGAUUUGGGGCAAGAGGUUCAGAGCUGCUACGGCUCAGAGAUACCGUGAUCGCGCCAAGCGCCAGCCGACAGCUCGCGACUAG